GCCACUUCAUUUGCCUAUUCAGAAACUUUCUCUCUCCUUCCAUUCCCCAUCUUCUUCCUGCUUGAAACCACCAUUGGAGACGGUUGAAGCUUCGCCCAACUAGCCAUUUUUUUGCAAUUUAAAAGUUCUUCUUCCUUUAGUAUUUCCUUACUCAUCUUCACUCACUUUCCUCUGUGAAAAUCUUAAAGUUUUGUGACCUCAUGAAACCUAUUAAGAUUAGGAUUUACUUUGGGGUUUUUUUUGUGACAAAAUGUAAUACUACUGUGUAUGAUUGGAAGGGUUUUAGGAUUAAGACAUUAAAAGAAGAAGUUUGUUACAUUGAAAUUGCACAUUUGAUUAAGAAUGAUUGUGGUUUGGAUGAUAUGGGAAGGAUUUGGUAUUAAAAAAAAAGGGGUAUACUUUAUUUGAUGGGAGAAGUGAAAUUAAAGAUGAUAAAGAUAUCCCUUCCUUUUUAGAAUCCCUUGAAAUUGAUGGAUGGUACCACUUGUAUAUUGUACAUGGAGGGGAUAAUAUGGGAAAAAAAAUCCAAAGUCGACCAACUUUCCUCAAAACUCACCAAAAAAGCAUCUACCUUAUUCAAAGCACCUUCCUCUUCAUCACUUACAUCUAAAACACCUUCCUCUUCAUCUCCAAAGCAAAUUCCAAUUAAUGAUGUACAAAGUAAGUCAAGUGAUUUAGAUGAUAGUGAUGAUUCAUCUUAUGAGUUAGUUGAUGAAGAUGAUGAGUGUGAUGAUAAUUUAUUCACUGAAAAUGUGGAUUUUGAUUUAGAUGUUGAUGUGUGUAGUAAAGAUGUACAAGAUGAACUUGAUACAGAGUUUAGGGAGGAAAGAGCAAGAGAUGUUUAUGUGUGCAAUGAGGAUGAAGAAAAUGAAUCCGAAGAUGAACUUGAAGAAUUGGAUGAAAAUAAUGAAGCAAGAAGGAAAUAUCCUGUUUUCAACCCUAAUAUAGAUUUUAAGGGCAAUGUUACGUAUCCUUGGGACUUAAGUUUCCUGAUAACAAGGUAUUUAGGAAGGCUCUUAGACAUCAUGCUAUAGAAAAUGGGUACAAUUACUACUACUUACAUAAUAGUAGUAAGAGGAUUAUGGUUUAUUGCUUUAACAAAUGCUCAUGUGUAAAGAAGAAAACAAAGUUUGUGAAAUGUACUUGUAGUAGUGAAAACAAAUGCAAUUUUAAGGUGUAUGCAGUGAAAAUAAGAAAUGAAGAGACAUUCCAAAUUAGGAGUUUGAAUGUUGUGCACAAUUGCGGCCAUCAACAUCAAAAUAACAAGGUCUCAGCAUUGUAUUUGGCAGAGAGGUAUUUAGAGGAUUGGAGAGAAAAUCCAAAUUGGGACUUAAAGGCAUUCAUUAAGAGGGUGAAUAGGGAGCUUCAGCGUGAGGUUGCGUAUCAAAAGUGCUACAAUACAAAGAGAAUUGCAAUGAGAAUGAUCUUUGGGGAUGCUAAUGAAGAAUAUGCCAAGGUGUGGGACUAUGCUGAAGCUAUUAGAAAAUAUUCAUCAAGUAGCACUGCUGUGGUGACAUACAUUGUAGUUGAAAACCCACCUCCUAGAUUUCAAAGGAUGUACAUUUGCUUACAACCGGUAAAGGAGGGUUUCAUGGCUGGAUGGAGACCUAUCUUAGGUUUGGAUGGUGCACAUCUUAGAGGACCAUACCCUGGAAUUUUGUUGACAGCAGUGGGAAGGGAUGGCAAUAACAAUAUUUUCCCUGUGGCUUAGGCAGUAGUUGGGUGCAAGAAAGAGGUGAUGCAGUCACCUUUAUGAGUGAUAGACAAAAGGGUUUGUUAGAGGCUUUUCAUAAUGUGGUUCCACAAGCAGAGAUAAGGUAUUGUUGUAGACACAUAUGGGCUAACUUCAAAAAGAAUUUCACUGGGGAACUGUUUAGAUUGUUGUUUUGGAAUGCAGCUAAAGCUUCAACCAAGCAUUAUUUCGAUAACCAAAUGAAUGAGAUCAACGCAAUUUCAGUUGAUGCAUACGCUUACUUGGCUGCCAUUCCAGCAUGUCAUUGGUCUAGACAUGCCUUCCCAACAAGAUGUAAGUCCAAAAUGCUUUUAAAUAAUUGUUGUGAGUCUUUCAAUAAUGUUUUGAGGGAGGCAAGGGGAAAGCGAAUCAUUUCCCUAAUGGAAUGGAUUAGAAGGUAUGUUAUGCAAAGGUGUGCAGCGAAGAGGGAAAGGUUGAAUCAAAUCAAGGGUUUAGUAAUGCCCUUUAUGAUGAAAGUCAUUGAAAAUCAAGCUCAAAAGGUUCAUAGCAUGAGAGUCAUUGCAGUUAAUGUGAUGAAGUUCAAAGUUGAUAAUGGUAAUGACAGUUAUGUAGUAAACUUAGAAGAUAAAAAUUGCCUUUGUAACAGAUGGAGACUUACAGGAAUUCCAUGUAGGCAUGCAUUGGCAUGUAUAGUGAAAAGGAAAUUGGAUUUUGCCCCUUAUGUGCAUGAAGCAUACUAUGUGAGUACUUAUGCAAAAACCUAUGCUCCAACAUUCUAUGGAAUGCCUGGUCACAGGCAUUGGCCAACUUCUCAAUUGGAUAAGCCUCUUCCUUCACCUCUUAGAAAUAUGCCAGGAAGACCCACAAAAAACAAGCGAAAGCCCGAGUUUGAUGAGGGUAGAGAUGGAAAGAAGAAGAACAAGAAUUUUGUUGAAAGGGACUUCAAGCAAAACAAGUGUGGGAACUAUGGAGGACUUGGCCAUUACAAGAAGACUUGCAAGAACCCAUCCAAAUCAAAUGAGGCAUCCACUAGUGCAGCACCAGUUAAAGGAGGAAGAUCAAAAAAGCAUCCUAGUAUAACUUCACCAACUACAUCAUUACCCCUACAGCAACUCAAACCACAAUCACAGCCAAUUGUGGUCAACGAAGGAUUAAACAUGUUGCAAGGAGGAAGAAGCCGGACAAGUCUACACCAACACAAGGCAGUCAACAACAAUCAAGCUAUGUUAAUGAUGUAGUAGACCAAAGUAGUCAAGUUUGAAACAUUUGUCAUAUUUUGUGUUUGUAAUGAACUUCUAGGUUUAUAUUGGAUGAUGUAUGAACUUUUUUAUAGAUGAUGUUCUAAGAGUUAUAUAUGAUGUUGUGUUUGU